AUGGAGAAGAUCGUGUUUUACGAGGACCGGGACUUCCACGGGAAGUCCUACGAAUGCAAAGGGGACUCCGCUGACCUGCACGGCUUCAUCGGCCGAUGCAACUCGGUCAAGGUGGAGGUCGGCUGGUGGGUUCUGUACGAGCGCAACAACCACAUGGGCUACCAGUAUGUCAUUGGCCCCGGGGAGUACAAUGACUACCGUCACUGGAUGGGCUUCAAUGACUGUGUCCGAUCCUGCAGGAUCAUCAAAAACCUCAAAGGGUCGUACAAGCUGAAGCUGUUUGACCGGCCAAACUUUGACGGCCAUUGUUUGGAGGUGACAGAAAACACAAAGUCUGUCCAGGAGAAAUGGCUCAGACAUCAAGUCCAGUCCUGCAAGGUCCUGGAGGGCUGCUGGAUCUUCUUUGAACAUCCAAACUUCUGCGGGCGCCAGUACCUGCUGGAGAAAGGGGAGUACCGGCACCACUCCGAGUGGGGAGCUCCGAAAUCUACCGUGAGCUCCAUCAGAAUAAUUCUGGAGCUGUGA